UGGUCGAAUUAGUUGUUGAGCGAGCCUUUGUUCAGUGCACGCGGCAGAGGGAGGAAUUCACAAUGAUGAGUAAUGAGCGAAGACGAGGAGGAGGAGGAGGAGGAAUGAAUAGUCGAGCGCAGCAGAAGCAGGAAAGAGGGGAAAAUGCUGCAGCGGUGGCGUUGCUUCUUCGAUUGCUGCCAUCUCUAACCAUGGAUAUGUGUGACCCAUGUGCCCGUCUUCUGCAAGAUCGCGCCAAUCAACUCGCUUCCGGGAAGGGGGAGAAUUGGCAUGAGCAGGGGCAAGGGCAGGAGCAGGAACAAAGCUCCUCUGCCUCUUCUCAUUCAUGUAUUUCAGAGGUAUUGUGUAGCACAGGGAGCAAUGGGCAAGGUCAUCCUUCAUGGGCCGAUAUUGCUCAGGAAGAAGAGGAGGAGGAGGAAGUCGAGUCAGCAAGACAGCAGGGUCAAGGGAUGGGGAAAAGAGUUUUGUCAAGGGAUGAGAGGGAGUACUUUCGAUUCAUGCGAGUAGGGCGUAAGAAAGACUAUGCCUGCAUCGAAAGAGUAAAUGGUAGACCAGUGAAUAUUGUCCAAGGAUUGGAAUUGCACACCGGUGUGUUCAGCGCUGCAGAGCAGAAGCGAAUUGUCGAUUUCAUUUAUCAAGUUCAACAACAGGGAAGGAACAAGCAACUUAAAGAACGGACCUAUUCAGAGCCACGAAAGUGGAUGAAGGGCAAAGGGCGGGUGACGAUUCAGUUUGGGUGUUGCUACAACUAUGCAGUGGACAGAAAUGGCAACCCACCUGGAAUUAUUCGGGAUGAGGAAGUGGAUCCAAUACCCCCUCUCUUCAAAACAGCCAUCCGGAGAUUGGUGAGAUGGCAUGUGCUGCCUCCGGAUUGCAUCCCAGACAGUUGUAUUGUUAAUAUUUAUGAGCAAGGCGACUGUAUACCACCUCACAUUGACCAUCAUGACUUUGUUCGGCCAUUUUGCACGGUCUCAUUUCUUAGUGAAUGCAACAUUAUUUUUGGUUCCAACUUGAAGAUACUUGGACCAGGAGAAUUUGCAGGUUCCAUUGCAAUACCAUUGCCUGUGGGGUCGGUUCUUAUUUUGAGUGGUAAUGGAGCCGAUGUUGCAAAGCAUUCUGUUCCAGCUGUUCCAAGCAAGAGGAUUUCUAUAACAUUCAGGAAGAUGGACCAGUCAAAGCUACCUUAUUACUUUGCCCCUGAACCUGAUAUGCAAGGAAUUGAGCCUCUUUUGUAUACAAAACAUGAUAGCCAUACUCAAUCUCAGCAGCCGAGUCAUUACAGUGUGGAUUGUGAGAAGACCUCGGAGAGAGGAGAUUUUGUAUCUUCCACCCCGACAUUUUCAGUAGAUUCAGCCAGUUUUCCUCCAUUAAAUAGCCCGCAUAUAGGCAAUAAGCAACGUGGCAAUACCAAGUAUUCAGUCAAUAGAACAUUCAAGUAAAUGAAGAGAUAUUCGGGAGAAAAUUAUUUCAAAGGUACAAAGCUUGAAGGAGCAAGUGAAUGUCAAUAGGGUCAUGAGCAAUCUCAGAUUUUAUAACUUAUGCUCCUGCCAUAAAUUUUGUAAUCCGUGGUAGAACAUGCAAAAUGAUUCUCAGAAGUUUGGUGCUACAAUACCAUUAACAGCCAGCUGAUCCUGUUCUCAUAAUCAUUGAUAUGCUUUCAUAAUCUUGUAUUUUAGAGGUAUAUUUCCCUCUGUAAUUGCAUCAUUGACUUUACAGUUUAGAACUAAAUAGCACAGCAUCACUAAUAGGAGCUUUCUGAAUUCCUAUAAUGCAACGUCUGUGCUAUGAGCAUUUUUUUGUGGGAUUGGUGUCUUGUGUUCUAAUAAUUUUUACUUUUUUGCUUCGGUAGAAUCCUUAGCAUAAAUACAAUUGAAGGAACAGCUAUUGAAAUUGUUA